AGUGUUUCAAAUCCUAAUUUUUUCCGCCAUUUCUUUUAACAUUUGCAAAUUUUAUAUGGAACCCAGCUUUUUUCAGACAUAUUUUAAUCCCCACAUGGCUAUGCCCAUAGCUUUUCCAAUUUCUUAGCUCACCAAACAGCACAGUCUCUCACUCACUCCCUCACUCUCUCACUCCAUUACUUUUGUGCUUUUCUUUUUGGUGCCUUCCAAGCCUGCUUUGACCAUCUUCUGCCUAAUAAUCAAACCCUAGAAAUGCCUUACAGUUUCCGUUUCAGUUCUGUAACCCCGCAGAUCUGACACAUUGUCCAGAUCCAAGUAUGGUCCUUUGUUUACAAGGACAGAGGUUUUGGUCCUGAAAAAGCUUCAAUCUUUAUCAAGUUCUUGACUUCUUUUGGUUUUGGACGCAUUUGUGGUGAACCAAAAUGGAGGACAAUUUAGUGGUGGGGGGCGAAGAGACGGUUGAAAAGGCCCCAAUUUCGGAGAAACAGUCCUCUGUUCGUUCAUCAGAAACUGCAAAAGGAGUUACCAAAACUGUGAAAACCGGCAAUGCAGUGACAUCAAGGGUCUCGGUUCCAACUGUUAGAAAGAAAGUAGACCCCAAAAGUGGUGUGGAUCCUAGUUCAAGGGCUACCAAGUCUAGUGCAAAUGGGUCUACCCGAAGUUUGAAUUCAGUCCCGAUAAGGCGAAACAGCACUGGAGGUUUGCCGCAGAAGCCAUCAGUCUCCACCGCAAGACAGCAAAACAGUGCCACUACGACUGCAGUAAAAAAGACUCUGGACCCUGUCAGGCGGUCCCUCCCAGAGCUUAGAAGGAGUUCAUUGCCUUCAGCUGCUACCACUAAAUCUUUGACUAGAAUCAGUGUUUCAGAAGUUAGAAAGUCGGUUUCAGGAUCGCCAUUGGACCGGAGUCUGAAUAAAUCAUCCGGGUCAAAUGUGAGUGUAACUAAACAAGAGACUGUCAGGAAGCCUGCUGUCAAACCUGCAUUGUCUACUUCAUCUUCCUCUUCACGAAGGGCGACUUCCUCAUUGGAUAGUAGUGCUAGCAGUGGAGUCAGGAAGUCGGUCCCAAAGCUUUCUUCCCCAUCAGCUCGAACACCUACAGUUACUAGUGGGCUGAAAACCGGUUCUUUGUCCUCUUCUCUUGAUAGAAGUUCUAGUUUAUCUGGGCGUAGGAAAACUGCAACUCCUCAAAGCCGGGAUUCUCGGUUCAUUGUCCUUCCACAAGUGGAAGUCAAAGCCAGUGAUGAUCUGAGGUUAGAUCUUAGGGGUCACAGAGUUCGCAGCCUCAAGGCUAGUGGUUUGAACUUGUCACCAAAUUUAGAGUUCGUUUAUCUCAGAGACAAUCUCUUGUCUACAUUGGAGGGAGUGGAAAUACUGGCACGAGUAAAGGUUCUUGAUUUGAGUUUCAAUGAUUUCAAAGGGCCUGGAUUUGAACCUCUUGAAACUUGCAAAGUCUUACAGCAACUUUAUCUUGCCGGAAACCAACUCACGUCACUUGCUAGCCUUCCUCAGCUCCCUAAUUUGGAGUUUCUCUCUGUUGCUCAAAAUAAAUUGAAGUCUCUUACAAUGGCAAGCCAACCUAGACUACAGGUAUUAGCUGCCAGCAAGAACAAAAUUUCAACUCUGAAAGGUUUCCCCUAUUUACCAGUCCUUGAGCAUUUACGAGUGGAGGAAAAUCCCAUACUUAAAAUGCCUCACCUGGAAGCAGCUUCCAUUUUGCUUGUUGGUACUACAUUAAAAAAGUUCAAUGACAGAGAUCUUUCCCGAGAAGAGCUUACAAUUGCAAAGCGCUAUCCGGCACACACCUCUUUGUGCAUUAGAGAUGGUUGGGAGUUUUGCCGUCCAGAUCAUGCUGCAGACUCUACUUUUCGUUUUCUUGUUGAGCAAUGGAAGGAUCAUUUGCCUCCCGGCUUCCUGGUCAAGGAGGCCUCUGUUGAGAAACCAUUUGAAGAAGAUACUUGUCGCUGCCAGUUCACUUUUGUACAAGAGAACACUUUGGCAGCUGAUCCACAAUUAAUCUUGAAAUACCAAUGGUUUGUAGGAGAAAGAACUCCUUCGAAUUUCACCAUUAUUCCUGAUGCCACUGGAGAGGUCUACUGGCCUAAGCAUGAAGAUAUUGGUAGAAUUUUAAAAGUGGAGUGUACUCCUGUAUUAGGAGAAACAGAGUACCCUUCUAUUUUUGCUAUAUCUUCUCCAGUUAAACGAGGAAGUGGAAUCCCAAAGGUUGUGAAUCUUGAUGUUCGUGGAAAUCUAGUGGAGGGAAAUAUUGUUAGAGGUCAUGCAAAGGUUGCGUGGUGUGGUGGCACUCCAGGGAAAGGUGUUUCUAGUUGGUUGAGGAGAAAAUGGAAUAGCAGUCCUGUGGUUAUUGCGGGAGCUGAAGAUGAGGAGUACAAAUUGACCAUAGAUGAUGUUGACUCCAGUUUGGUUUUCAUGUAUACACCAGUGACAGAAGAAGGUGCCAAAGGAGAACCUCAUUAUGAAUACACCGAUUUUGUAAAAUCAGCCCCUCCAUCAGUCAAUAAUGUACACAUUGUUGGAGAUGUUGUUGAAGGCAGUACUAUCAGAGGAGUUGGUGAUUACUUUGGAGGAAGAGAGGGUCCCAGCAAGUUUGAAUGGUUAUGUGAGGAUAAAGACACUGGAGACCUUGUUUUGGUAUCAACGGGUACACCUGAGUAUACUUUGACCAAGGAAGAUGUUGGCCAUCGCUUGGCUUUUGUGUAUAUACCCAUCAAUUUGGAAGGUCAAGAAGGGGAAUCUGUUUCGAUAAGGUCCCAUGUUGUGAAGCCAGCGCCUCCAAAGGUAAUAGAUUUGAAGAUAGUUGGUGAUCUAAGGGAGAACAGUAAGGUUACUGCAACUGGUACUGUCACUGGAGGAACUGAAGGGUCUAGCAGAGUACAGUGGUUUAAAACAAGUUCAUCUACUUUGGAUGGUGAGAAAGGUCUUGAAUCUGUAAGCACAUCUAAGAUUGCAAAGGCUUUUCGCGUACCCUUAGGAGCUGUUGGCUAUUACAUUGUUGUAAAAUUUACUCCUAUGACUCCAGAUGGUGAAUCUGGUGAACCAGCAUAUGCUAUAUCAGAUAGAGCAGUUGAGACUUUGCCUCCAAGCCUAAAUUUCUUAUCAAUUACUGGUGAUUACAUCGAAGGUGGAAUGUUGACGGCAUCAUAUGGUUACAUUGGUGGUCAUGAAGGAAAAAGUAUCUAUAGUUGGUAUCUUCACGAGGUUGAAACUGACUCCGGAUCUCUAAUACCUGAGGUUACAGGGCUUCUUCAGUAUCGUAUUGCAAAAGAUGCAAUUGGUAAAUUCAUUUCAUUCAAAUGCACCCCUGUGCGUGAUGAUGGGAUUGUGGGUGAGCUAAGAACAUGCAUGGGCCAGGAACGUGUUCGCCCUGGGAACCCUAGAUUUCUUUCUCUACAAAUCGUUGGGAAUGCCACUGAGGGAACUGCACUUAGUGUAGAAAAGAAAUAUUGGGGCGGUGAAGAGGAUUCAGUUUUCUACUGGUUCCGGACUAAUUCAGAUGGAACACAAACCGAAAUCAGGGGUGCAACAACUGCUUCAUACACACUCUCAAUUGAUGAUAUUGGCUUCUUUGUCUCAGUAUCUUGUGAGCCUGUCAGAAGUGACUGGGCGCGUGGUCCUACUGUUCUAUCUGAACAAAUUGGACCUGUAAUACCUGGGCCCCCCACUUGUCGGUCUUUGGAGUUUCUUGGUUCAAUGAUAGAAGGGCAACGUCUGAGCUUUACUGCUUCUUAUAGUGGAGGAAAUGGAGAUUGCUCGCACGAAUGGUUUAGAGUUAAACGUAAUGGUGUCAAGGAGAAGUUGAGUACUCAGGAUUUUGUGGAUUUGACUCUUGAUGAUGUGGGUACAUGUGUUGAACUUGUUUACACUCCCAUGCGCAAAGAUGGGAUGAGAGGAAAUCCUAAGAGCAUACAAUCUGAUGUGAUUGCUCCUGCGGAUCCAGUAGGACUGGAGCUUGUUAUUUCCGAUUGCUGUGAGAAUGAGAAUUUAUUCCCCAAAAAAACAUAUUUUGGUGGAGAAGAAGGUGUUGGGGAAUAUAUUUGGUACAGAACAAAGAAUAAGCUGCAUGGAUCUGCAUUGCAGGACAUAUAUAAUGCAUGUGAAGAUUUGGUUAUUUGUGGUAAAACAUUAACAUACACACCAGUACUUGAAGAUGUGGGGGCAUAUUUGGCCUUACAUUGGGUCCCUACUCGUUCUGAUGGCAAAUGUGGACAUGCACUAGUUGCCAUUUGCAACUUUCCAGUUGCACCUGCUCUUCCUGUGGUUUCUAAUGUUCGUGUGAAGGAGUUGUCACAAAGCGUUUAUUCUGGAGAAGGAGAAUAUUUUGGUGGAUAUGAAGGAUCGAGCCUUUUUAGCUGGUAUAGAGAAACUAAUGAAGGAACUAUUGUUCUUAUUAAUGGAGCCAACACUAACACUUAUGAAGUCACUGAUGCAGACUACAACUGCCGUCUAUUGUUUGGAUACACACCAGUUCGUUCAGAUUCGGUGGUUGGAGAACUGAAGUUGUCUGAGCCAACUGAUAUUAUCCUUCCAGAGCUUCCAAGACUAGAGAUGCUUGCUCUCACAGGAAAGGCAAUCGAAGGUGGUGUUCUUACAGUUGUUCAAGUGAUCCCAGAGAGUGAGACUCAACAGAUUGUUUGGAGCAAGUACAAGAAAGAUGUCACAUAUCAAUGGUAUUUUUCUUCAACAGAGGGAGAUGAGAAAACCUUCGAAUUAUUACCUGCACAGAAAUCUUGCUCCUACAAGAUGCGUCUAGAAGAUGUUGGGCGCUGUCUAAAAUGCGAAUGCAUUGUGACUGAUGUCUUUGGAAGAUCAACUGAGCCUGUGUAUGCUGAAACCGGACCCAUAUUACCAGGAAUCCCUAGAAUAGAUAAGCUGGAGAUUGAAGGGAGGGGCUUCCACACCAACUUAUACGCUGUACGUGGAAUUUAUAGUGGAGGGAAGGAAGGAAAAAGUAGAAUCCAGUGGCUCAGAUCAAUGGUUGGCAGUCCUGAUCUUAUCUCUAUACCAGGGGAGGUAGGGCGAAUGUACGAGUCUAAUGUUGACGACGUAGGGUACAGGCUUGUUGCCAUUUACACUCCAGUAAGAGAGGAUGGAGUGGAGGGGCAACCUGUUUCUGCAUCAACGGAGCCGAUUGCAGUUGAACCUGAUGUUCUUAAAGAAGUGAAGCAGAAGCUUGAUCUUGGAACUGUGAAAUUUGAGACAUUGUGUGACAAGGACCAAUCUACGAAAAAGGCUCCUGCAGUGGGAAGUCUUGAGAGAAGAAUCCUCGAAGUCAACAGAAAGAGAGUCAAGGUGGUAAAGCCCGGUUCUAAGACUUCCUUCCCAACCACUGAAAUUCGUGGAAGUUACGCGCCUCCCUUUCAUGUGGAGCUGUUCCGAAACGACCAACACCGUCUGAAAAUCGUCGUGGACGGCGAGAAUAAUGUCGACUUGAUGGUGCAGUCAAGGCACCUUCGGGAUGUAACUGUGCUGGUGAUCAGAGGGCUUGCUCAGAGAUUCAACAGUACAUCACUCAAUACCCUCCUCAAGAUAGAGGCUUAAAUAAUCUAUGUAAUUGGUAAUUAAGGUGAUUAUUAUUAAUACUGUUAUUAAUGAUAUUAAAAUUAAAAUUAAAAUUAUUUAUUAUUUUUCUGUGUACGGUAGUGAGAAAGAAAAGGUGUGCAGUGGUCAAGAAUUGUAUGUAAAUUACAACAUUGAGGAAACUGUUGGAAUUAUUAUAUUAGUUAAUGAUUAAAUUAUUUGUUCAAGAAGCA